ACGCAAUGCAGUAGAUGCAUUCAGAGUKAAUGUCAUCCACGCAAGGGGGCAGAUUCGUUCACCCGUCACCAACAUUGCAAGAACUAGCUUUUUUCACAUCCGUCAAGGCAAUGUGUGGAUUGCUGCCGUCACAAGGCAGAAUGUCAAUGCUGCUCURGUAUUUGAGUUCCUGUUCCGAACAGUAGACAUAAUGAUCUCGUACUUUGGUAAAGUUACAGAAGAAGGAAUCAAGAACAAUUUYGUCCUUAUCUAUGAGCUUUUGGAUGAAAUUGCAGAUUACGGAUAUCCCCAGAAAACAGACACAGCAAUCUUGAAAACUUUCAUCACACAGCAAGGUGUACGAAUUCCUACACCACCCACCACGGCAGGAGUACAAGUAGUUUGUUUGAAGGGAAAAGCAAAGUAUAAGUCCAGUGAGAAUGCCAUUGUUUGGAAGAUUAAGAGGAUGGGAGGGAUGAAAGAAUCCCAAAUCAGUGCUGAAAUAGAGCUCAUGCCUACCAAAGACUCCAAGAAAUGGGCACGGCCUCCUAUAUCCCUUAACUUUGAGGUUCCCUUUGCGUGUUCUGGACUAAAAGUUCGUUAUCUUAAAGUCUUCGAGCCGAAGUUAAACUACAGCGACCACGACACUAUCAAAUGGGUGCGAUACAUAUCAAGAAGUGGACUCUACGAAACGCGAUGCUGAUUGGCUCAUUGCAUGUGAAAUCACGUGAUCAGUGACGUCAUUGUUCAAUGACGUCACACGUAAAUUUUCUUUUAACCAAACCGGUGGAUAAACGUCGGAAGAUAGUAAAAGUCUAGUAAAGGUAGCUAUAGUUGCGUUUUGAUGCGUUUACGUAAGAAAUUAUUUUCGUUUACGCCAGAUUCAUCCGUCUUUGCGUAAUCUGUCAUUACGCUACGAAAUCGUAUAUUUGUAUCUAUGAAACUGCAUUGUUGUGAACUCGCCACGUUAAGCCUGACGCGCGUAAUUGUGCGUUUUAACGAGCGAAUUCUUGCGUCAAAACGCGUAACGAUGCGUUGGUAUCUCGGGUUUAAUAUCUGUAAUGAUUGAUAAAGAAUGUAGUAAUAAAUCUUUUUGCUAAAA